UUAAAAUCGAUUGGUCCUACGUGAUCGAAAAUGCAUAUUUUAUUUACAUCACACAGCCUUUCAUAGCACGGAGCGGUGCUGAAGCUGAGACAGGAUGAGUGCUUUAUCGAUCCUGGCGGAGGAGUGCGAGUUACUCAACGACUCCAAGUACAGGACAUACAUCACACAAGUAGACAAAGCUCUCCGCAGCUUUGAAAACACCAGCGAGUGGGCAGAUCUCAUUUCUGCUCUUGGAAAACUUAAUAAGGUAUUACUGGGACAUGUCAAGUUUCCAGUCAUUCCAAAACGUGUCACAAUCGGAAAACGACUGGCUCAAUGUCUUCAUCCUGCCCUUCCUAGUGGAGUACACCUGAAGGCUCUAGAGACGUACGACAUAAUCUUCAAAUGUAUCGGUACCCAGAGACUGGCCCAAGACCUCUUUAUUUACAGUGCAGGUCUGUUCCCGUUGCUGGGCCAUGCAGCCAUGAGUGUAAAACCCACCCUACUCACAGUGUAUGAACGACACUUCAUUGGUCUGGGUAGACACAUCAAACCGGGUCUGAAUGGCCUGCUCCUUGGACUUCUCCCAGGACUGGAGGAGGGCGCCGAGUACUAUGACAGGACUAAUGGGUUACUGGAGGAUUUCUGCGAGUCGGCCGAGCCGGAGUAUUUUUACACGUGUCUGUGGGAGUGUGUCAUGUCGUGUCCAAGUGUCCGUUUGCCUGCCAUCACUUUUUUAUUAGCCCACUACAACAAGAAACAGACCAUGGAGGAUCAGCUGUACAUGAUGGGACUGAACAUUGACCUAAUGGUUGAAGCUAUGUGCAGUGCGGCCCAGGAUUCCAUUGUCCUUGUACAGAGGAUCUUACUGGAUUUCCUUCUCCUUGCUUUUCCCAUGCGGAACGGUCAGCUCACAAAGUCGGACAUGGCCAAGAUCGUAAAAUCUGUUAUCAACGUAGUUCUACGCAGAGAUAUGUCACUCAACCGUCGAUUGUAUGCCUGGUUGCUUGGCACUGGAGCCAACAGUACGGGUAACAUCAGUCGACAGACGGCAGGCAAAGCCUCACGCAAAGACAGCGGGACCAGCACAAGUGAAAUAGAUCUUCUGUACUUCCAUACCUACUCCAAGGACCUCCUAAUACAGGCUCUUAAACAAAAACUAUCCGACUCCAGUCAGGACGACGGUAUUGUCGGCAAACAUGUAGGAAAAUCAGCCGUGUUGAAACCAUUUAGGAUAUUAAUGAGUCUACUAGAUAAGCCAGAAAUUGGACCGGUGAUUUUAGAAAGUGUUCUUCUGUCCGUGUUUCAGUGUCUGUACAGGGAGACAGGGUCACUGCACUCUAAGUAUAAAACAAACAAUGAAUUAGGAAUGGAUGGAGUAACAAGUGAAGAUAAACAGACGAAAACUCAUAUAAGUCUGGAGUGUAAGACUUACGGAGAGCUCAUCAAGACUGCUAACUUGUUGUUUGGGACAUUUGAGCCUUAUUUUAUUUGGGACUAUAUUGCCCGGAUGUUUGAGGAAUCUUGUCAAAAGAUGAGUAAAGAUGAAGGGCAGCUGUUGUCGCGUCAGAGAUCCGUGAUGGAGAGUGAUAUCCCGUCACUGUCAGAACUCUGUACACUCGUCGACUACCUACUUGAAGUUAUAUCAUUGGAAACAUUCCUGGAGACUCAGACAGAACAUCUACCAGACCUGUUGUACAGGGUGACAACGACCUUGACCAACCACUGUACAAAGAUCCAGGAGACUGACAUCAGAUGUACUCUACAGCUGUGUAUAAAGUUACUCGCCAAGGUCCAGCCCUCCAUGGAUGUCCUGGACACUGCAAGCACUGAUGGAGUCUUUGAAGGACACAGUAUGACCAGUUGGUCCUAUCUGGAUGAUUACAGGAAGAUACCAGCAUCUGAAGCGAAAAGCACCGACAUCUCAGAUGUCAAUAAAAAUGACAUUGUUACAAAUUGUGUUGUAAAUGGACAGAAAUCUGAGCCUGAUAAUGAUAGAGACAGUGAGGAGACAGAAUCAAAUAGUAUCCAAGAGAAAAGUAUUGUGAAUGGACAUGUACUGUCAGUAGAAAAUGGCUUGCAGUCAGUAGACAAUGGUGUGGUGUCAGUAGACAAUGGUGUACUGUCAGUAGACAAUGGUGUACUGUCAGAAGACAAUGGUGUGCUGUCAGUAGACAAUGGUGUACUGUCAGAAGACAAUGGUGUACUGUCAGUAGACAAUGGUGUACUGCCAGGAGACAAUGGAAAAGAUUUGGCCGUAAACGGAGAAGUUGAAAUGCUUGAAAGUGAAAAUAUUCAUACAUCUGAAAAGACAGAAAAUGAGUUAAACAUUAGAUGUAAAUCAGAAGGAUUAGAUUUUAAUCCUAUUUCUAGUGAAAGUAAAUUAACUUCCUCAUGUCUAGAACAAAAUUCAUUUCCCAAUUCAGUCAAGAGUUCUGCUACAACUAUGAUGCAGUCCUGUAUCGAAUGUUACAAGAACUUUUUCCAUACGUACAUAACACAGAAGAUCGUUGAGGAUCCGAGCGUCAUUACGACGUGUAUCAGUCAGAUGAGUACAUCGGUUGAGCGACGUGGAUAUUACCGAGACGAGGAAGACCUUGAUCCCUCUAGUGACCAGAAUGAUAACCGGGGGCCAAUCAGUGCAGGACAUCUACAGGAGGAAACUUUACAAACGUUUGACUGUGCUUGUCGACUCUUGUUGGAUUUUACUAGUUUUCCAAUCUUUUGUACAGAUUUCAACAAAAUCUUCCAGCGUUCUUUCAAUGCAGGUGAAAAUGUGACCCUUCCAAUGUGGCUGCAGGACCUACUUGCCUGUGGAUGUUUUGUGGAGAGUUUUGAGCUUCAGUCUGCUGCCAUAGCAACAAUGAUUGACUUGAUUAUUGUCGCCAAGACGAUCCAGUCAGACAGUGAGAACAAAGUUGACAUCGGACGAGAAAGGUCAAAGUCUGUGAGUGAGGGAAGUCCUGUUUCCGUAGUGAUCAUGCCAGCACUCCUGCCUAUCCACCUGAAAUACCUCGGAGAGAACACUACAUUUUACAAGAGAGUAGCCAGUAUUUUGUGGGGAUACUUGGAUGAGAAAACACCUUCCCAUCACCAACAGAGUGUACAACUGUUCCACCAUCUACACCAGGUCACCCCUGACAGCUGGGUGUGUGAGGAUGUGAUAGGCAAUGCCCUUGUGUCUGAGGACGAGAUGGAGCGUAUUGGAGCAUUCAAGAAGUUAACCGUUCUCUGGCACCUGACAAGGGACAGUCGAUCCGACCCCAAUCCUGGACAACCUCCGCGCACAUUUGACAGGUCGAUGCUGGUACUUCUCGACAGUCUGAAGGAGGAAAUGAGUGCAACAAAAACCAUCGCGACCACCUGGCUCACCCAUGUUAUACAACGCGGGGACAUCUGUCGAGUCCUCAAUCCUCUUCUUACCAUGCUACUCCACCCUGACACCGCUCGAAUUUCUGUUCAACAUAUCAAUGUACACAAGCCCAAGAAAGUGGCGCUGACCGAGGAGGAGAAAGGUUCAGGAAAUGAGUCGCAGAUCUACGCCAUCAGUAGUGAGGGUGGUAACAUUAUUUACCAUGUCAACUCGGGUAACAAACCAUUGUCUGCUAAACGAACAGACGACAUCAAAUCUUACGCUCUCACAUCUGUGGACAAACAAGGUUCUGCCUCAACGUCACAGACCCAGCACGAACAGGAGAUACACUUUGAUCGUGUUCGUCCCAGUGACCUCAGCCUCUGUAUCAACCCAUUCGGCUCGGAGAGUAGUCUUGAUCGCUUAGUGUUUGAAGGCUAUGAGACACCAACACAGCAAGUAAAUCUAGUUGGAGCAACACGGUUAGAUCGUGAAACAUGUGCUAAGGAAGGGAUAUUCUUUGAUGUAAAUGAAAAUGGGUCGCAGACCUAUUCUGAAGCUAGCCCACAAGAGGACAGCCCAUUGGUAAGUGGAUCCGAGACCAUGGUUAACAACAUUCUCACCGAAGUCCUGAAUAGAGUUGUCCCCCUUUCUCUGGAGAGUUCAGUUGCCCUUGAACAAGAUGAUACGGAAAAUGAUGAGGAUUUUAUACUGGAAGACUUAGAUGCUACAGUUCCUAAAGUAGUCGAGUCAAAAGGAGGAAGUCGACCUCGGCUACCUAGCGUGUCGUCGAAGACGAGUAGUGUUAUAGAGGAUCAUGAUAUCCUCAACACUGUCGAUAAUAGGGGUAUGGAAAUCGACUCUCCAACAGAAAGUGAAUCGGACUUAACAAAUCCUGAGCUGACACACCAUGGACGGAACAGAAAUUUUGAGGAUGUUCAUCCGCUGCAUAUGCAUAUGUUGUUAUACACACAGAAGUAUGACUACAAACGGACAUUGUAUGCCUUAACCACAUUGAAAUCCAUGUUAGUAACUUGUCCGAGACUUGUGGUGACUGCUUUGGUUACAACAAGUAUAAGUGCAACAAGAACUCCACAGUUAGCUAAACUACAGCUUCUACUGGCUCGUCACAGGAAAUCAGUUUUUGGAAAGAACUUUUUUGGUGAUCUCCCUCCCGAAGUCAUGUCUAGUUACCGUAGUAACAUGUACAUAGAAGUCAUCAUCUCUGUAUGUUUGUAUUUUGUGAGAAGCUACUUUCCUAACUUGAUGAUAAGCAAGCUUUCGCAUGGCGAGUUGCUAGGCAACAAGGAGGUUCAUAUCCUAGCUACGGAAGUGCUGACUUUACUGAUGUCGGAGUUGAUCGUUAUAAUGAAAGAAAGCGGGAAAAGUUUUGUCUCUUACAUCAAAGAUCUACUGGUAAGGUGUAAAGUUCAGAAAGCUCUGCUGCACUGUUGUCUAGCGUCCGUGUAUAACUUGAGGAAGAAAGACAAAACUGUGAAAUGUAAAAUCACUGAGGGAAUCAUAAGAUUCAACGAGGAAAAUCUUGAUCACUCCGUUAAUGAGACAUUCCAGAUCCGCCUGCUUAACUUAAUGCUGGUUCUUAUCAUGUUGGAAGGAAACAUUGAAAAAGUUUUUUCUGAUGUAUCAGAAAGUUCAGGGACAGUGACUCCUUCAACUGAGUGGGAGCGCCCGCGGAUAAACUUUCAGCAGUCUUUACUUCACGCUCGGUUCAUGGGCUCCCUUCCCAUAGUGCAACAGAGGAUGUUUCUCUCAUGCGUUCUCAGUGCCAUGAAACAGUCACACAUGCGCCAUAUGCAUCGUCACUGGGUUGCUAUGGUAACCUCAGGUCUUCCGUUUAUGAGUAAAGCUCUGCCCAGCAUUGUAAUGAAUGUUGUGGCCCAGCUUUGUCGUAACAUUGAAGUGGUGGCCAUGAAGUACGAGGACCACACUAAAAACAGAGGUCAAGAGAAGAUGCCGCCUGACCACUUACUGACCAUCCUGGAGGGAAUGACCACCAUCUGUCAUUACUGCCUGCUGGACAAUGCCUCCCCAGUGUCCAUUGGCCUGCCUGCUCCCACUAGCAUCAACAUCACCACAGAGACGGGCAGUGCAGGGCAGAUCUUCACAAACCUUAUCAAUGUCUUCAACCCUAUAGGCAAUAGUAGGGAAACAAGUCCCCAGCGAGAGAUUCCACUGGUGCCCAUUAUGGAUGCCCGCAGAAGUCUCCUCAGUAUAAUGCCCCGCAUCAUAGCCUGUCUCACCUCUCUCUGGAAGGCUGUCAAGUUCGCCGAGGACCAAAUUGGGGAUCAGAGCAAAUCUCAUCCAACAUGGAUAAUGGGAAUACCAAAGGUUGUCCGUCAGAAGAUCCUGGAGUUUUUGAGUCCAAUAUCACUACCCCAUGGAACGAACCUCCUGGCUGCUGUUGGUGUGGCCUGGAAUGAUCGCAUGCGGAAAAGUGGAGUCUCAUAUAAAAAGGGGUCAGUACCGGCCACAGAUGACCAGCUACUGUUAGUGGACCUGGUCAGUGCCAUCAAAGUCCUGCCCACUGAUACACUUGUUCAGACGGUCAAGCAAGUGUUGAAACAGCCGCCACCCACCAACCUCAGCAGGACUAGGAAGAACAUUCCUCUGGAAGUGAACAUGCUCCAGUUUUUCUAUGCCUAUGUACAACAGACAUCAGCCAGUCAGCUUGUCGAUUCCUGGAGCUCGCUGUGUUCACUACUGCGAGAUAGUCUACAGCUCAAUCUCCUACCACCGGGCAAAUUUAUACUGCUACAGAUUCUGAAUGAGUUUGUCCAGAAGAUGCCAUCGAUGGAGAACAAGAAAAACCAGAAGGAGUUACAGGAUAUCACCCAGAAGCUACUGGAGUCUGUCGGGUUGAUUGCGGGUUCCUCACUGGAGCAGACCACCUGGCUUCGGAGGAAUCUGGCAGUCAAGCCAGGUCCACAGACUGACCGACCAGAAAUAGAUGAUGACGAUGUUGGUGACGAUGUUGAGAUUGAUUCUGAUGUAGCAGUCAGAGAGAGGCGAGUGGUGGACCCCAAACUGACCAGUGCUGCAGAUUCCAAGUAUAGUGUUCAAGCUUUGUCCAUUUUGGCCGAGCUGACGUCUCCUCUACUAGAUGUUGUGUACAGUAGUGAAGAGAAAGACAAAGUCGCACCAUUUCUGACCACCAUUAUGUACAACGUCUUCCCGUAUCUCCGUAACCACACAUCCCACAACCUGCCGAGCUACAGGGCAUGUUCUCAGAUCCUAGCCAGUGUGAGUGGGUACCAGUACACGCGGAAGGCAUGGCGACGAGAGGCUCUGGAAAUGCUGCUGGACCCUGGAUUCUUUCAGAUGGACCUGAAAUGUAUCGGCUAUUGGAAAAGUAUCAUAGAUAAUUUAAUGACACAUGAUAAAACCACCUUCAAAGAUUUAAUGGGUCGUGUGACGGUGACACAGACUGGAUCACUAAGUCUGUUUAGCAGUAAGGAACUCGAACUAGAACAGAGGAGUCACAUGUUAAAACGACUCGCCUUUACGAUCUUCUGUAGUGAACCUGAUCAGUACCAGAAGUCAAUGCCCGAGAUACAAGAGCGGUUGGCGGAGAGCCUGCGACUGCCCCACCAAGUGCCGUCCAUCAUGGCUCAAGUGUUCGUUUGUUUCCGUGUGCUCAUCCUUAGGAUGUCUUCUCAUCAUCUCACCUCACUCUGGCCGACGGUCAUUACAGAAAUGGUCCAUGUGUUCAUGCAGAUAGAACAAGAGAUGUCUAACGAUACAGAGGAGUAUAACCACACCGUAAGCCAGCGUCCCCGGAGUAACACGCAGCCCUGGACAAGGACCCAGAUCCAGAGAAUCGCUGCCUUGGACUCGACCUGGGCACACUUUGGUAACGGCCUGAACGCCCACAAUAACCCGGCGUGGCUACAACUGUACCUCAGUGUGUGUAAGCUACUCGACCUGGCCCUGGCACUACCGGCUGAUGUUGUACCUCAGUUCCAACUGUAUCGUUGGGCCUUCAUUGGUGGAGCAGCAGCAGGAAAUCAGGAGGUAGAGGAAAACAAAGAAAAAGGCAAAGACAAGAAGGACGAAAAGAGGAAAGUUCAUCAGGCUCGGACAUUUGUACCUCACAUCAUCCGUCUCACGAAACUCAUCAACGAAAGGUCACGAGGAGCUUUGCCGGUCCUGAAGCAGAUCCCAGGUCGACCCUUACUGACUCAGACUUAUUUACGAUCUCUCACUGAGCUACAGCCUUUCUUCAACACCCUUUGUUGUAGCCAAACUGAAAGCAAGUUUGUUACAUCAAAACAUUCGGACAGCACCAAGAGACCCGGCCAAUCAGGCUCCAAACCUCAAACAGCCAAGCUAACAACAAUGCCAAAAUCUAAAUCCACUACAGAGAUUGGAAAGAAUACAGGCUCUGUAUCCGACCCUCCUCUUGUUCCAAAUACCAAAAACAAUCGACAGUACAUAGAGGAGAUGUUAGACCGUGAUUUCUUAGAGCCACUACCCGACAUGUAGAGGCUGUUUUUGUCAACAAAUUUUCUCUAUAAUAUGCAGAUAGUUGCUUAAUUUCUAGUGGUAAAGUAUGUGUGUAGCAGUUUGUGAUAAAAGUGAUAUAAUAUUUGGUGAUGUCUUAUGAUAAUGUGAUUAUUUAUUUAAUAUGUGAUAAUUGUAUUCAAUGCCAUAUGUAGUACUGAUAAAGUUAUGUAUUUAUCCUGUAUUAAGCCCGGGAGAGGGGGGCGUACAGUGCAGGGUGAUGAUUUAGCAAUGUUAAUUGAGCUGUAAUAGAUGUGGCUGGGCUUAUUAAACAGACAUGGGUUGAUGGGUUAAUUACCAGAGGCUUUAGUUAGCCUAUAUAUUGAUCUAGCUGCUCAGCUGUGAUCAGCGUGUGUACAAAGAUAAUCAAUUAAUAUAAUUAAAAUGCUUCAUAUUUAGUGGAAUGUAGUAUGAGGCUGAGCUUUUGUUAAAACAGUAGAAUGUUAAUUAUUUAAUUACAAUUAGUGUUUAUUGUUGGAGAGAGUUCACUAAUUAUAAAUUAUUUAUUUGUAACAAAGAAUUGUUGCAGCAGUUAUAAUUCCAACAUCUUGAAUGUGAUUAUAAUGUAGUAAUAUUACAGAUAUCUUAAUACACAUGUAUUUGAUCAUAAUAUGAUAGAUAUCAUCUUAUUACACAUGUAUUUGAUCAGAAUAUGACAUAUAUCAUCUUAAUACACAUGUAUUUGAUCAGAAUGUGACAGAUAUCAUCUUAAUACACAUGUAUUUGAUCAGAAUGUGACAGAUAUCAUCUUAAUACACAUGUAUUUGAUCAGAAUAUGAUAGAUAUCAUCUUAAUACACGUGUAUUUGAUCAGAAUAUGAUAGAUAUCAUCUUAAUACACGUGUAUUUGAUCAGAAUAUGACAGAUAUCAUCUUAAUACACACGUAUUUGAUCAGAAUAUGAUAGAUAUCAUCUUAAUACACGUGUAUUUGAUCAGAAUAUGACAGAUAUCAUCUUAAUACACGGGUAUUUGAUCAGAAUAUGACAGAUAUCAUCUUAAUACACGUGUAUUUGAUCAGAAUAUGACAGAUAUCAUCUUAAUACACGUGUAUUUGAUCAGAAUGUGACAGAUAUCAUCUUAAUACACGUGUAUUUGAUCAGAAUAUGACAGAUAUCAUCUUAAUACACGUGUAUUUGAUCAGAAUAUGACAGAUAUCAUCUUAAUACACAUGUAUUUGAUCAGAAUGUGACAGAUAUCAUCUUAAUACACGUGUAUUUGAUCAGAAUAUGACAGAUAUCAUCUUAAUACACAUGUAUUUGAUCAGAAUGUGACAGAUAUCAUCUUAAUACACAUGUAUUUGAUCAGAAUAUGACAGAUAUCAUCUUAUUACACAUGUAUUUGAUCAGAAUAUUAGAUAUCAUCUUAAUACACGUGUAUUUGAUCAGAAUGUGACAGAUAUCUUAAUACACAUGUAUUUGAUCAGAUUAUUAGAUUUCAUCUUAAUACACGUGUAUUUGAUCAGAAUAUGACAGAUAUCUUAAUACAUGUGUAUUUGAUCAGAAUAUGACAGAUAUCAUCUUCAUACACAUGUAUUUGAUCAGAAUGUGACAGAUAUCAUCUUAAUACACGUGUAUUUGAUCAGAAUAUGACAGAUAUCUUAAUACACAUGUAUUUGAUCAGAAUGUGACAGAUAUCAUCUUAAUACACCUGUAUUUGAUCAGAAUGUGACAGAUAUCAUCUUAAUACACGUGUAUUUGAUCAGAAUAUGACAGAUAUCAUCUUAAUACACGUGUAUUUGAUCAGAAUAUGACAGAUAUCAUCUUAAUACACAUGUAUUUGAUCAGAAUAUGACAGAUAUCAUCUUAAUACACAUGUAUUUGAUCAGAAUAUGACAGAUAUCAUCUUAAUACACAUGUAUUUGAUCAGAAUAUGACAGAUAUCAUCUUAAUACACGUGUAUUUGAUCAGAAUGUGACAGAUAUUAAUACACAUGUAUUUGAUCAGAAUAUUACAGAUAUCAUCUUAAUACACGUGUAUUUGAUCACAAUAUUACAUAUAUCUUAAUACACAUGUAUUUGAUCAGAAUAUGACAGAUAUUAUCUUAAUACACGUGUAUUUGAUCAGAAUAUGACAGAUUUCAUCUUAAUACACGUGUAUUUGAUCAGAAUAUGACAGAUAUCAUCUUAAUACACGUGUAUUUGAUCAGAAUAUGACAGAUAUCAUCUUAAUACACGUGUAUUUGAUCAGAAUAUUACAGAUAUCUUAAUACACAUGUAUUUGAUCAGUGCCUUAUUAGCUGGAUGCUGCCUAUAUUUUUAACCAUCAGAUAUACUGAGCUACCUAGACUUGACUGUGGACCCUAGUAUGUCAAACAUUCUGUGAAAUUGAACAUUUGGAAAAUAGUUUGGUGUAAACUCUGGUGAAAUGGGGCAAAACAUAUUUCAGUGCCAUUGAGAAAGUGUGAUUAAAACUGCUGGGUAAUUCUCAUAAAUCUCUCCAUAUCAAAGGAACAUGUUUCAACUAUAAUCACAAUCACGCCAAAUUAUUUUUUCACUGGUACCAUAUAGAAUUACAGCAAUAUGUCAUAUCAAGUGAGGAAUCAGUCAUGUGUGUCAACCAAACAUGGCCAUAUCGACCAAGGAAUCGGUCAUGUGUGUCAAUCAAACAAGGCCAUAUUGACCAAGGAAUCGGUCAUGUGUGUCGACCAAACAAUGCCAUAUUGACCGAGGAAUCAGUCAUGUGUGUCAACCAAACAUGGCCAUAUCGACCGAGGAAUCGGUCAUGUGUGUCAAUCAAACAAGGCCAUAUUGACCAAGGAAUCAGUCAUGUGUGUCGACCAAACAAGGCCAUAUUGACCAAGGAAUCAGUCAUGUGUGUCGACCAAACAAUGCCAUAUUGACCGAGGAAUCGGUCAUGUGUGUCAACCAAACAUGGCCAUAUCGACCGAGAAUCGGUCAUGUGUGUCAACCAAAUGUAAUAUCAACCAAGGAAUCAGUCAUGUGUGUCAACCAAACAUGGCCAUAUCGACCAAGGAAUCGGUCAUGUGUGUCAACCAAACAACGCCAUAUUGACCGAGGAAUCGGUCGUGUGUGUCAAACAAACAACGCCAUAUUAACCGAAUUAUCGGUUGUGUGUCAAACAAACAAGGCCCAUAUCGACCGAGAAAUCGGUCAUGUGUUGCAAAAUCAAAACAAAUUCUUUCUUCAUAAUUAUUAUUGAUUUUUAAGUCAUAAAAAAAAUGAUACAUAUUGAUAAGUUUAUAGGUAUUUAUAAUAUUAAUAUUUUAUGAGCUGAAAACUAGAUAUUUUUCAGAAAUCUAAACCUACAUGAAUGUGUUUACUCCUUAAGUCUAUAAAUCUGUUUGUUUUUCAUUUACAUCCAUUUAUAAACCUAAAUAUUUGUCAGUAUGUGUAUAAAACAUUGGUCAUCAAUCUAAAUUUCUGAUGACUUUCGUUUUUGAAUGUUUUUAUAUCGGCUAAUAUUAAUAACUGUGCAAUGAACUGUGACUGUCAUGUACAUAACAAUGAACUGGGACUGUCAUGUACAUAACAAUGAACUGUGACUGUUUUGUACAUAACAAUGAACUGUGACUGUUAUGUACAUAACAAUGAACUGUGACUGUCAUGUACAUAACAAUGAACUGUGACUGUCAUGUACAUAACAAUGAACUGUGACUGUCAUGUACAUAACAAUGAACUGUGACUGUCAUGUACAUAACAAUGAACUGUGACUUAUGAAACCGAGGAAAUCGAUUUCAUACCUCACUCACACUCUGGUCAGUCUUCGCCAUUGUCGCUCGCCUGUCUACCUAUUGUCACACAAAGGUCUCGCGCGCCAACCCAACUAGCCAGUCAGAUAUCAUAUAUAUACUGACGUCACAGUUUUAGACUUGACCUCUAUACUGGACAUAACGUUAAUAUAACUUUACGCAACUAACUAAACAAAUACAUUCAAUAAAUUUCAAUCCUGCCACACUUAUGUACGUAACAAUGAACUGCGACUGUUAUGUACGUAACAAUGAACUGUGACUGUUCUGUACGUAACAAUGAACUGUGACUGUUUUGUACAUAACAAUGAACUGUGACUGUUCUGUAC